AUUAACCCAAGUUGGCGCAGUUACGGCUGCAAGUUGCAAACUGCAAUAACGCAGGAAUCUUGAAGAAUAGAUUCCGGGUCAUUUUAAAAAGAUAUUUGGAAUUUUGGAUACAAUACAAUACAAGCUAUCAAGAAAAAAAAAAAAAAAAAAAAAAAAAAGAAACCAGGAAGUUUGGCAUGGGAGCUCAAGACUAUUCUACAGACUCCCAACCUUUUCUUGCUGAUGAUGAUAAUCAUCUACAGCAACCUGAAACCAACACCAAAAACCGCAAGAAACUAGCUCUAACCUCACUUAUCUUCCUCAUCUACUUUGAAGUUUCUGGUGGCCCCUAUGGGGAGGAGCCAGCUGUUGGAGCUGCCGGGCCACUCUAUGCCAUCCUUGGCUUCCUCAUCUUUCCCUUUAUCUGGAGCAUUCCUGAGGCUCUCAUCACCGCUGAGCUGGCCACCACCUUCCCUGGAAAUGGUGGUUUUGUCAUCUGGGCCGAGCGGGCCUUUGGUCCCUUCUGGGGUUCACUCAUGGGUUCCUGGAAGUUCCUUUGUGGGGUCAUUAAUUUGGCUUCAUACCCAAUUCUCUGUGUGGACUAUCUCCAGCUGGUAAUCCCAAUUUUCUCUUCAGGCAUACCUCGUUUUGUUGCUGUAUUUGCUUCAACUUUGGUGCUUUCGUUCUUGAACUAUACUGGUUUGACUAUAGUUGGUUAUACAGCAGUUUGUAUGGGAGUUAUUUCACUUUUACCAUUCAUUAUCAUGUCUCUGGUUGCAAUUCCCAUGAUUGAGCCUAGUAGAUGGAUCAGCUUGGGUCAGAAGGGUGUGGAGAAAGAUUGGACUUUGUUUUUCAAUACCUUGUUUUGGAACCUGAAUUUCUGGGAUAAUGCUAGCACUUUAGCUGGUGAAGUAGAACAUCCCCAAAAGACAUACCCAAUAGCACUUCUCUCUGCUUGUAUUCUAACAUGCUUGGGUUACAUACUGCCUCUGUUAGCUGCAACUGGAGCUAUACCUCUUGAUCAAGUAGAAUGGACUAAUGGGUAUUUGGCUAAUGCUGCAGGAAUCAUAGUUGGGAAAUGGUUGAAAAUUUGGGUUGAAAUUGGCGCACUUUUAUCUGUCAUUGGAUUAUUUCAAGCCCAAUUAAGUAGCUGUUCAUACCAGGUUUUGGGGAUGGCAGAUUUAGAAUUCUUGCCUAGAAUUUUUGGGGAACGGUCCGCAUGGUUUAACACUCCUUGGUUGGGAAUCCUGAUUUCAACAGUGAUAGCACUUUCUGCGUCUUAUAUGAAUUUCACAGAAAUUAUUUCUUCAGCAAACUUCUUAUACAGUUUGGGAAUGCUACUGGAAUUUGCUUCCUUUCUCUGGUUGAGAAGGAAGUUACCAUCGGUGAAGAGGCCAUUCAAGGUUCCAUUGGCAUUGCCAGGGUUGGUGAUCAUGUGCCUAAUUCCAUCUGUGUUUCUGGUCUAUGUGAUGGUUGUAGCCACUAAACCUGUUAUUUUAAUUAGUGCUUUGUUCACUCUGUUCGGAAUCUGUUGGUACUUCUUCAUGGAUAUCUGCAAGUCAAAGAUGUGGCUCGACUUUGGUAAGGAUGAGGAAAUAUUGGAUGGUGAUGAUUAUAUAUUUUAGGUUGAAUAGUAUUAUGCUCUGCUCUGUAGAGAAUUAGUGAUUAUUAUGUAUCUAGUUUUCAUUACAAAAAUGUAAUAGCAUUUAUUUCUAUUCUGUUAUGAUUCUUUUGGUACUUCUUCAUGGAUAUCUGCAAGUCAAAGAUGUGGCUUGACUUCAGUAAGGAUGAAGAAACAUUGGAUGAUGAUGAAUAUCCAUAGUAGGUUUAUUGCUAUUAUGCUCUGGUCUGUACAGAAUUAGUAAUUCAUAUGUAUCAAAGUUUCAUAAGAAAACAAUAUUACAAUUGAUUUCUAUUGA